AUGGAGCCGACUCCUCUCUUGACCCCUUACAAGAUGGGCAAAUUCAACCUCGCGCACAGGGUUGUUCUUGCAUUGGUGACGCGCUGCAGGUCGUUCGAGAACAUGGCGCAGCCGCACAACACCCUCUACUACCAACAGCGGGCGGCGCCAGGCGUGCUCCACAUCGCCGAGGCUAGCGCGGUGUCGGAGACGGCGGCGGGGUACCCGCGUGUGCCCGGGCUCUGGAGCGACGAGCAGGUGGAGGCCUGGAAGCCCGUCGUGGAUGCGGUGCAUGCCAAGGGUGCCCUCUUCUUCUGCCAGCUCUGGCACACGGGCCGCAACCACUCACCCGCCACUGGCACUGCUGGUUGUUUAAUUUUUGGUUCGUUUAGUAGUCCAGUCGUCAGUCACUGUUCCAUUGUCAUGAAGUUUGAUGAGGCCCCUCCAAGGCUGGAAACGGAAGACAUACCCCAAAUGGUGAUGGACUUCCGGGUCGCGGCCAGAAAUGCCAUCAGAGCCGGCUUCGACGGUGUGGAGAUCCACGCUGCCAACGGGCUCCUCGUCAACCAGUUCUGGUGGUUUUUGGAUAUUGGACGAGUGGACUCCACCAAGCCUCUUCGUCUGGAUGGCAGCAGCAGCAGCAGCCUGGAAGAUCGCUGCCGCCACCUCGCCGCCGAUGUGGUUGCUGCAGUGGUCGAUGAGGUCGGCGCGCACCGUGUCGGUGUGCGCCUCUCCCCGUUCGCCGGCGGCGACGCAGACUCCACCGACGCCGCAGAGGCUCAUGCCCUGCAGCUGGUCCGCUCCAUCGACAAGCUCGGCGUCCUUUACUGCCACGUGGUGGAGCCGAAGAUGCGCGCCGACGGCGACGGCAAGCCGGCGAUCCCGCACCGCCUGUCGCCGUUCAGGCAGGCGUUCAGGGGCACGUUCAUCGUGAAAGGAGGGUACGACCGGGAGGAAGGGGACAGGGCGGUGAGCCAGGGGUACGCUAACCUGGUCUCGUACGGGCGGCUGUUCCUGGCGAACCCCGACCUGCCGGAGCGGUUCAGGAACAAGGCGGAGCUGAACAAGUAUGACAGGAGCACGUUUUACACCGCCGAUCCGGUGGUUGGGUACACGGACUACCCGUUUCUUGGCCAGGAGACACAGGUGGCAUAGCAAAUCGAUCGAUUGUACCUUCUGCACGCAGCAGGUCUAUCGAUUAUUAUGCGUGCUUCUGCCUGCAACUAUCAUCAUCUGCUUUUUUUACUGAAAUAAACAUUGCCAGUCGAAACCAAUAAUCAUUCAUGCAUGUACGCAGGAAUGUUGUCUAAUGGUGUGUGUUUACUGUUUGCCUAUAUGUCAGUUUAUGAUUUUCCUAA